AUGUCGAGUACGACGUCUGGCAAAGCAUCCAAACCCGUACCGAAGUACCGGAAACUCUUCUCACGAGACCCGAACGUCCACCCACCUCCUACCACGUUGUGGGCGAGUCGAGCUGACAGCUUGACGUGCCGUCCGGUAUAUGUCGGCUAUAAGAGGUUCGUGGAUGUCCAGAGCUCCGAGGAAGGCGGAGUGAACAUCCGACUCCCGUGUACUGCCUUGUCUGCGCCUGCCUUUUGGUUCAUUACUGGCUUUGCCGAUUUUGAACGAGAUCACGAACGACUCUCGGAGAUAGUUCCCGGUACUACAGCCCCUUUCGGUGCCUCGCUCAUCAGCAAUUACCGUUCUUUUCUAUUGGUCCAUGCAGCAUUUGCUCUGGCUGAGGAGUCGCUGGAUACGAUCGCUAUGAUGUGGUCCACUACAUUCAUGGACUUCAUCCAUUGGAUGGACGAGGAGUGGAGUACGCUUGUGGACGCAGUGUCGACCGGAAAGCUACCACAGUUUCCAGAGACGGAGGAUGUUUACUCUGAAGUUGCUUCGACGUUUUCUGCCAAUGUUGCUCGUGCGCAAGCUCUGAGUGCACUUGAUCCGCCAUCGCGGACAGCCGAAGGAUGGGUGAAGAAAUUGUGGCCGGAUCUCGAACUUCUGGUUGCAGUUACUUCGGGGACUUUCGGACGCGUUUAUCCGCAGGUCAGAGCUCUGAUUGGACCAGAGAUCCCAAUUCGGUGUCCGUUGUAUGGUUCCACUGAGUGCUCCAUAGCGGUGGCUUACGAUGAUCACCUGCCAAAUGUCCUCAAAGUCACGGUGGAUGAUUAUAUCGAGUUUCUCGAAGUGACACCUACGAACGAUGAUGGGGAGCUGAAGACCCUGUGGAAUGUAGAGGUAGGGAAAGUGUACGAACCGGUAGCAACGACUCGAGAUGGUCUCUGGAGGUACCGGACGCGGGACUCCAUUGAAGUUGUUGGGUUUUCGCCUAUCGACGGCUCACCUCUUAUUGAGUAUAAAGAACGCCGAAACCAAUCUAUGUGGGUUGCACAGGCGCUUGUCUCCCAGGCAGACAUUCUCGCGGCGAUAUCUCAAAUUGAUGAAUUCGAUCAAAUGGAGCUCACUUCGUGGUGGGACGACCGCAGUCAGCCUGCGACUGUCGGAUUGUUUCUGGAGGAUUCACCAAGUAGCCGCUCCAUGUCCUCGUCCGUCCGAGACAAAAUCUUGGACGGUCUGUUAGAGGCAAACGAGAACUUUGCUUCAGGCGCGAAGAGAGGGUUACCCGUCCGACCUUCAAUCCGUUUGUUGGCUCCCGGAACGUUCGCCGAGUUCAGAAGCUGGAAAGGAAAGAUGAUAGGCGUCGGAAGUAGUCAGGUCAAGUUACCAAUCAUCAUGCUGGACCCAAAGGCCCAAGACUACUUACUUUCCAAGGUGAUAAAUGAAAUACCGUAA